UAUAUCACAUCAUAGUAAUCGCGGAUAUUACCGAAGACAGUCGGAAUAGUACUCUACUUCAAGUGAUCGGCUAUGAACAUAAGUUUAUUACCUGAAUCACAGAACGUUUCAAAGCUGUUGUAUUGAAGGCGUCAAUCAUUACUAUUUUCAAACAAGUGGAUAUAUUCCUUGAACAUUCUUAUUAUUUAUGCCAUAAUGUCGAGUGGAUAUAUAAUACAUUUGUUACAUACAUUGUGAUUUUGUUAAUUAAUUACGUAGACUUGAAGUAUUUAAAAAAAAAACUUACUAAGAAAAGAAUUUUUUUUAAAAUGUUUCCGAACGUUUUGGCUCCGUCGCCGAUUUAUCACAAUGUGUUCCGAGCCCCAAGUCUGGUUCACCCUCAGCCGACGUCAGCGGCGCCGUCGGCGUCAUUUCUUGUUGAAAGUCUCCUCCGAGAACGGACAUCCGGGUUCCUAACCCGCCCCACCCCGACAAACCCGCCCGUGUCAGUAGGCGCCGGGUUUUGUCACGUGAUGAGAGAACACGACGCCGACACAACGUCGUCGACAGCGAGCAGGACGCCGUACCUCAAGUUCGGCAUGAGCACCAUCCUAGGUACAGACAACAACCACAAGACGUCAUCAGAAACAGUACCACGCAUUGGUCACACUCCCGGCGCUUUCACGAGCUUCGCACCUUCGAUGACGUCACUAGUGACGCCGUGCAACAAGAUGUGUACGUACGCCAGCCACGGCCUCACGUGCCCGUCGUGUUCACCACGCCACGGCUCCGUCUACGACCACCACCUACAGAGCAUGCUCAGACCGCCUUACUUCGCAGGUGAAUUUUUAGCGUCCCCCAUGUUGGCGAUGCCGAACGCGUUCACGUUUCUGAACAGUAUGCGCGGGAAGCCCCGCCGCGGGAUGUUGAGACGGGCGGUGUUCUCGGACGCCCAGCGCAAAGGGCUGGAGAAGAUGUUCCAGAAACAAAAAUACAUCAGCAAGCCCGACAGGAAGAAACUCGCGUCCAGGCUCGGGCUCAAAGACUCGCAGGUUAAAAUAUGGUUUCAAAAUCGGCGAAUGAAAUGGCGGAAUUCCAAGGAAAGGGAACUUUUGUCAACGGGCGGAACGCGAGAAUCUACGUUACCCAAUAAAAACAACCCAAACCCGGACCUGAGUGACGUCAAGGAUGAGGAAUGCGAGAGAGAAGUUCAGCCAGAACACACAAGCGAUUCCACUUUUUCUCCAGUGGGCAGUCAUGUUUCUAGCAAUCCAGCCUCUCCUCAUAUGUUGGACUCUUCCAAAGAUUUCGUAACAUCUGACGUCGAUUCUGACGAGGAAAUUCUGGUCUCUUGAUGUAGUUGUCUGUAAUUAUUUUACAUUUUGUGACGUAGUCAUAAAUAAUAAUUAUUAUUUAAUGCUUUCCAAAAGACAAAUAGAGGAAUAGUUUCUAGCCUUUUUUUCUCUUCACAGAGUAGCACAUACCAUGGUAUUUGAUAAGCCAAUGGUUAGUUUGAGAGGACAUUAUUUUAUUCCAUGCACCUAUAGAGGAUACCUUGUGGUUAUGAUAUAUCCAACUUCACAAGAGGCGUCUCUAUGAAGGGAAUGAUUUGUUCGUCAAGCUUUACAUUGACUACUGCAAUUACUGUUGAAACAUUCACCUCUCGAUGACUGCUCGUUUGUUCAGGACAUUCUUCCAGAAAGACUUCCUUACAGCAACACCAAAGCAAAAAUUUUGUGACAUGACUGGACUCCGAUAUCACUGAGGGUCUACAGCUACUGACAGUCUGCAGUAGUCCGAUUCGAAAGGACACAGUCCUUAAUGCAAAGCCAAAGUGGUAGUUAUGUUGGGUAAAGUUAUGAUUCUUUAAAAAUCAAAUACAUUUUUCACAGACUAGUAUGUUAUUGACGGAUUCUUACUCAUUUUCAACUGCAGUGAUUGACACAGACUCAAAGAGCAUGGUGGGAACAUUCAAAUCACGUGGGGUUUUUUUUUAAGUCUAACUAAAAUUAAUUUUAAGCGUAAGUUUGACCCAGCAAUGACUCGAAUUUGAAACAAAUGAUAUCACCAUGUGUGUGAUUCAUUUUCAAGGUGCUUCAUAUUAUCAAACUAUCACUUAGGAUUCUAGACCGCAGAGCUUUAUCUUGUUGCCCUUCACUGUAAAUAUAAAUAUAUGCACUAGUAGAAUAUAUGCUGACGACGUUUUGCUAAACGGAACAAGACGGCAAUCUUAGGUCAUAUUCUGAACACGUUUGUUAUUAUCCCUUGAUCAAAGCCAUGCAGAAUAUCAAAAACAAAUAUAGAGGAUGUGGUAGAAGAAUCCAUCGCGUGUGUCCCAUAGUUGAAUAGUAACAUUUUCUAUUCCAUCCUUGCUGAAUGUUAGUGUGCACAUCUAAUGACUGAAUAGCAUGUUUUAAGCUUAGGCUUAUGUGUUGUCAAAUGUCCUUGAAAACAGAAAGGGUUUAUUGAAUGAAAAUGCUUCAAUCUGCUUGGAUUUCACAGACACACGUUGAUGUAUUUUGUAGAAGGGUUUUGUCAAAGAAGUGCUAGAACUAGUGUUAUAUUGAUAAUUUGACGUCAGUUCUGUAAUGUUUGAUGCAAUGUAAUUGCAGAUUUUUUUAUUACGUUAAACUGCCAACCAAGUUGGUACAUAUUAUUAUAUAUUCAAUAUGUAGAUAAUGUAUAUAUUGUGAUACUUAUACGUACUUUUUGUCAUGGGAAUAGAAAACUAUUUAAUAUGUAGCUUUAAAAAUGCUUAUAAUUAUUGUUAAUGAGCCUUAAAAUAUUAGCUUUUAGAAGCGUAAAACGUUGUUUUGAAUUGUUUUAAUUAGAUUUUAACGUUUGAAUUCCAAAUGUGUAAACAUGUUUGUCAUAAUAGCAUAACAAUAGCUCCCUAACGAUAGAAAUGCAUCAAGGUAUAAAUCCAAGGUCAGUAAUGGUGUCUCAAUUCAUUUCACUUUGGUUCCUACUGAACUGUGCAGUAGAUAGAUUAUUAAUGUCUGUUAAAAUGUACUCAUUAGUAGUUUUCGUGUUAAAGAAACAAACAAAUAACGGCAAGUCGUAAUACAUAGCUUACUUGCAGUUAUAAAUAUAUCUGGUAAAUAAAAUAUGAUGCUAAUUUGAUAUGUCAGUUACGAUGUGAUGGUAAUGUCUCAGUAGUAGUCAAUACACUGCACUCGGUUCUCUAAGGCGGUCAGCAUGUCAAGUAUCAAGCCUGGUUUCCAUAAAAUGUGUGUCGCAUGCAGACCAACGUGGACACUGUGCGAGAAAUCUGCAAAGCUGAACAGAGCUGCGUUCAGCCAGACCGAGCAAACAAUCGUACGCUUGACUGGUUUAUGCGCUUCGUGUUAAACCGACCGAUCUUAUCGAGAACCCGUAAAAAUCGUCCGUGAACGUUAGCGUCGCUCGUUAUCGCUGAACACUGGGAAUAUUUUAACAGUGUUCUUUCGUCUGCGUCGCUCGUUGACGUGCUACAUAUUUUAUGAAAACCAGGCUGUUAUCAUGGCGAUAGUUUUAUAGAGUUAGCACUACGAAAUAAAAUCUCGUAAAUCACAACACUAACACAUGUGACCAAAGCCGCUGUUUCAAUCAACAUACGAUUUAUACGCCAUUGUUGGCGGAUCACAGGAGUCGUGUGACUCCCCCCCCCCCCCCCCCCCCAUCACCAGUUUGAAGUGCUCUUUUGAUGAUUUGUUUUUAAAUACACUAUACACCACAAAUUUGCUCUCAAAAAACGUUUCUGUGAAAUUUUUUUUUUUAAAAUGUUCCAGUGGUCGGAUUUCCCUCUCUUCGAGAGCUCCGUUCAUUUGCCUUCGACAACCGGCCUCGGUGUCGCAGUGGUUAAGCCAUCGGACUACAGGCUGGUAGGUACAGGGUUCGCAACACGGUACUGGCUCCAACCCAGAGCGAGUUCUUAAGGGCUCAGUGGGUAGGU